AUGUUCUAUUCGGACGCGCUCCUCGGCAAGAGCGGGCCUCUAGUCCGCGUCUGGCUCUCUGCCAACCUCGAGCGCAAGCUCUCCAAAACGCACAUCCUGCAGUCCAACUUGCCCGACAGUGUAGAGGCAAUCAUCACACCUGGCCAGGCCCCGAUGGCCCUUCGUCUCAGCGGUCAACUGCUGCUUGGUGUCGUCAGAAUUUACAACCGCAAAGCUCGCUACCUGUUGGAGGACUGCAAUGAGGCUUCCAUGAAGAUUAAGAUGGCUUUCCGCUCAAGCGAUAACCAUGAUAUCCCCGCCGCAAACUUGUACGCCAACAACCGCGAAGCGCUGCUGCUGCCUGACAAGAUCACUCCACUCGACAACCUCGAUCUGCCCCCGCCUCCCGAUGCUGCCUGGCUCUUGUCGCAAAUGGACGAUGUGACGGCCACACCUGUGGGUCGCAAGGGCCGUGUCAGCAACCGCGAUAUCAACUUGCAGGAGGACUUCAACAACAGUCAGUUCCUUAACCAGGCGGAUAAUCUCGACGAUGAGCUGGAGUUGGCUCCGAUGGAGGAUCUUGACUUGGAGCUCGACUUUGGCAUGGACGUUGACGAGCCUAUUGGCCGGAUGGACACCACUAUCGAAAUGGGAAGAGAAGCGCCUCUUGCUCGCUCUGUCGAGGAUGACAUGUUCAGCGAGCUCGACAUCAUGCCUCGCGGAAAGGACCAGCCCGAGCGCGAAGCAUCCUUGGGAUUGGACCUUAACUUCGGCGACGACAAUGUCCGCAUUGCUGACGAGGAGGGCGAUAUCCAAAUGGGCGACGACAACGAAUUCCAGUUCCCGAUCGCCGAUCAGUCAGUCGUUCCUGGCGCUCCUCUCGAGAUGGGACGCGCACGUAUCUCUGAAUCCCCGCUCUCAGAGAUCGACCCGGAAUUUGCAAGGGAAGUCGAGGAAGAGUACUCCCGUAUCCAGCACACCGAUCUCUACGAGCCAGACGAAGACCAGGAUCAGUCUGUUGUUCGACACCCCCAACGCGCCAAGAAGAGGAAGGUACUUCUGCCCGAUGAGCAGACCAUGCUCUCCAGCACUCACAUCAAAGACCAACAAGCCAACCACGCGAACAUCUUGAGAGCGCAGUCAUUCUUGCCCAAGGAUCCCUUUGUUCUCGCCUUGAUGGAAAUGCAGAAAAACGGCGGCUUUGUUAGUAACAUUAUGCUCGAGGGACGCGGAGUCAACUGGGCGCCUGAGUUGAGGGGCAUGCUUUCGCUCGAGGCCGUUAGCCGAUCUAGCGAGUUGAAGAGAAAGCGGGACAGCGGUAUCGCGGAUGUCGAGAGCGACCAGGGCGUCUUGUCCAAGUCACCACGCAUCGACGUCGAGGAGGAAGAUGCAUUUGCUGUUGAGGACGCCGGCCUCGGCAACCAGAGUAUUGCUGCUGACGGCACUAUUAUGGAGAUCCCGGCCGACGAGGAGGGCAUGGGCUUCGGAGGAGACGACGACACCGCUAGACCCGUCUCGCGCGAGGCGAGCCCCAUGCCAAACUUCGACGACACAGUUGCUCCCAAUGUCCACCCUCAAGACAGCGGACCGGUUUCUCUUGGCACCAAGCAUGCCGUUCACGUGCUCAGGGAUAUUUUCGGACCCGACGCGGAGCACGAUGCCGAUAAGCGAAAGAAGAGCGCUGUUGUCUUCCAAGACUUGCUGCCAGAGAAGAGAACGACAAAGGCAGACGCGACGAAGAUGUUCUUUGAGUGCCUCGUACUCGCGACCAAGGACGCCAUCAAGGUUGAACAAGGCGAGAACCUCGGCGCACCUAUCAAGGUCCGCGCAAAGCGCGGUCUCUGGGGUGCUUGGGCCGAGCGUGAAGCUGGCGGUGAGAUCGCAGAGGAGGAGGAGGCCAACCAGCCUGAGCCAGCUGCUGUCAGUGCACCUGCCGUGGCUGUGGAGGCAUAG